GAGUGAAAGAGUGUCGGAGCGGAUCUGACGAGUGUACAUGUGCGCAUAGUAAAGCGAGAGAAAAUGAAAGCUCUUUAAUUAUUAAUUACUCUUUUCAUGUUAUUACGCACAGAGGAUGCAGCUUGUACCAUUUUCCGGUUUUUAUGUAACGAAUAAAAGCAGUUAGGACAUGAUUUUAUAAGAAGUUAUGCAGCGUUGUUCAAGAUAGAUACGCGAUCUUUGUGAUGAAACAUUUUUACUCUAUUUUAGUCUUUUGAUUUUUCUUCAUUUUAAGUUGAAAUGGCUUUAGUAGUGUACCUGAGGACUGUCACGGAGCUUCGUGGAAAGGGGGACCGCAUCGCUAAAGUGACUUUCAGAGGUCUCUCCUUUUUCUCUCGGGUGCUGGAAAACUGCGAGGAUGAAGCUCGGUUUGAGCAGGCAUUCCGUUGGCCAAUCGGGAGUCAAGUGGAUGGUGACGAGAUGCUGGAGAUUCAAGUGUUUAAUUACAGCAAAGUCUUCACUAACAGGUUAAUUGGCACUUUCCGCAUGGUUCUGCAGAAGGUGGUGGAGGAGGGUCACUUGGAGGUGUCUGACACUCUUAUUGACGACAAUAACACAGCCAUACGGACAAGUAUUUCCAUAGAGAUCAAAUAUCAGACCAUGGACGGGAGUGUGAAGGUAUGGAGCGAUGGUGAAUUCCUUGAUAUUCCAGAUGACUGUGAUGGAACUUUCCAGUUUGAGACAGACAGUCUACUCUCUGGACGCAGCCAGAGCUCUGGGACAUCACCUGGACGUUCUAUCCACGGCAUUCCCACAUUCCGCAAGACAGGAAAAGGAGUGUUUUCAGCCAUGAAACUGGGCAAGACACGCGUCUCUAAAGAUGACCACAAAAAAGGAGAUGACGCUGCCAUUUUGGAUGCAGAAGAUCUGGAUCGAAAGGCCAUGCGUCUGGGCGGUGGACUCGACCCAGAUACCAUCUCACUGGCCUCUGUUACUGCAGUAACCACUAACGUCUCCAACAAAAGAUCAAAGCCUGACAUUAAGAUGGAGCCCAGUUCAGGGCGUCCUGUGGAUUAUCAGAUCAGUGUAACAGUAAUCGAGGCCCGUCAGUUGAUUGGUUUGAACAUGGAUCCUGUGGUUUGUGUGGAAAUUGGAGAGGAGAAGAAGUAUACAUCGAUGAAGGAGUCCACAAACUGCCCCUACUACAAUGAGUACUUUGUCUUUGACUUCCACGUGCCUCCAGAUGUCAUGUUUGACAAGAUCCUGAAGAUAUCAGUAAUACAUUCUAAAAACCUUCUACGAAGCGGUACUCUGGUGGGCACCUUCAAACUAGAUGUGGGAACUGUGUACUCACAACCUGAGCAUCAGUUCCACCACAAAUGGGCAAUGCUUUCGGACCCUGAUGACAUCACAGCCGGCUGCAAAGGUUACGUUAAGUGUGACAUUGCAGUCGUAGGAAAAGGAGACAACAUCAAGACUCCCCACAAGGCCAAUGAAACAGAUGAGGAUGACAUAGAGGGGAAUCUUCUCUUGCCGGAGGGUGUUCCAUCAGAAAGACAAUGGGCACGAUUUUAUGUCAAGAUUUAUAGAGCUGAGGGACUACCAAAAAUGAACACCAGCAUCAUGGCCAACAUGAAGAAAGCUUUUAUCGGGGAGAACAGGGACCUUGUGGACCCUUAUGUCCUGGUGCAGUUUGCAGGGCAGAAGGGUAAGACGUCAGUUCAGAAGAGCAGCUACGAGCCCAUCUGGAAUGAGCAAGUAAUCUUCACCGAGAUGUUCCCACCUUUGUGUAGGCGACUGAAAGUUCAGAUCCGUGAUUCAGACAAGGUGAAUGAUGUUGCCAUAGGAACCCAUUUCAUCGAUCUACGAAAGAUUGCAAAUGAUGGAGACAAAGGGUUCCUGCCCACUAUGGGCCCAGCCUGGGUGAAUAUGUAUGGUUCUACCCGUAACUACACCCUGAUGGAUGAGCACCAGGACCUAAACGAGGGGCUGGGGGAAGGUGUGUCCUUCAGGGCACGCCUCCUUAUUAGUAUCGCAGUGGAGAUCCUGGACACCUCUUCCACAGAAAUAAUGAGCUCUACUGAGGUACAAAUAGAGCAGGUGUCCAACAUGUCAGAGAGUGCCACAGGGAAGAUGGAGGAGUUUUUCCUUUUUGGGUCGUUCUUGGAGGCCACAAUGAUAGACAGAAAAAUUGGAGAUAAACCCAUCAGCUUUGAAGUCACUAUCGGUAACUAUGGUAACCAGAUUGAUGGAGUGAGCAAGCCUGCAUCAGCAAAGAAGAAGAAAGAGGGUGGAGGGGAGAGUGAAGAAGAGGAGACUGAGCUCAUCCAUAACUCCAGCGAUGAAGAGGCAGAGGAUGAUGGAGAUUUGACAUCUGUGCCAUCCACCCCUCCUAUGAAACCAGUUAUCACUGACAGAAAUUACUUCCACUUGCCUUACUUUGAAAAGAAACCCUGCAUUUACAUCAAGAGCUGGUGGCAAGACCAGAGGAGACGGCUCUACAACUCCAAUAUAAUGGACAAGAUUGCAGAUAAACUGGAGGAAGGUCUGAAUGAUGUUCAAGAAAUCAUAAAAACAGAGAAGGCAUAUCCAGAACGCAGACUUAGAGGUGUUUUAGAGGAGCUUAGCACAAGUUGCAGCCGAUUUGUUACACUGGCAAACAAAGAUCAGAAUCUGUCCGGAAGAACCAAGCUGGACAAAGAGAGGCUAAAGUCCUGCAUGAGAGAGUUGGAGAGCAUGGGUCAGCAGUCGAAGACUAUCCGCUCACAGGUGAAGAGAAACACGGUUCGAGACAAACUCAAGCUAGUGUUCAAUUUCCUUCACAGGCUUCGUUUCCUAGCAGAUGAGCCCCAGCACAGCAUCCCUGAUGUGUUCAUAUGGAUGAUUAGCAACAACAAACGCAUAGCGUACGCCCGCAUUCCCUCCAAAGACAUUCUCUACUCAAUUGUUGACGAAGAGAUGGGAAAAGACUGUGGGAAAGUUAAAGCUGUUUUUCUCAGGCUGCCUGGAAAGAAAGGCUUUGGGUCUGCUGGCUGGACAGUUCAGGCUAAACUGGAGAUGUAUUUGUGGCUGGGGAUGAACAAACAGAGGAAGGACUUCUUGAGUGGCCUCCCUAGCGGCUUUGAAGAGAGCAAGGCUAUGAAGGGAACAGGCAUACAAGCUGUUCCUCCCAUCAGCCUGGUUUAUAACAUGAAGCAGGUGUUUCAGCUGAGGGCCCAUAUGUAUCAGGCUCGCAGUCUGUUUGCUGCUGAUAGUAGCGGUCUGUCUGACCCAUUUGCAAGGGUUUUCUUCUCCACCCACAGCCAGGUGACAGAGGUCCUCAGUGAGACUCUUUGUCCUACGUGGGAUCAGUUGCUUGUGUUUGAUAAUGUUGAACUCUACGGUGAGGCUGGGGAACUCCGUGAUGAUCCACCAAUCAUUGUCAUUGAACUGUAUGACCAAGACACUGUGGGGAAAGCAGAGUUCAUUGGGCGAACAUUUGCAAAGCCACUAACUAAGAUGGUUGAUGAACACUACGGGCCCCCGCGGUUUCCCCCCCAGCUGGAGUACUAUCAGAUCUACAGAGGAAACUGCGCUGCAGGAGAUCUGUUGGCUGCUUUUGAACUACUGCAGAUUCCUUAUGAUGAUGAGGAGAUCAGGAGGGCUCUUAUUUCUGUCCAUGACUUUGCUGUACCUCAGAUCAAGAUUGGUCCAGCAGGGCGGGCAGCUCUUCCUCCAAUUGAUGGCCCGACUGAUUCCGACCGUGGGCCCCUUCUGCCUGUUCCAUUGGGCAUACGACCAGUUCUCAGCAGAUAUCGUAUAGAGGUCCUGUUCUGGGGUCUCAGGGACCUUAAAAGAAUCAAUCUGGCCCAGGUGGACAGGCCUCGUGUGGACAUCGAGUGUGCAGGGAAAGGAGUUCAGUCAGCCCUCAUUCAGAACUACAAGAAGAAUCCAAACUUCAGCACGUUAGUGAAGUGGUUUGAAGUGGAUCUGCCAGAAAAUGAGCUACUUCAUCCACCACUCAAUAUUCGGGUGGUGGACUGCAGGGCAUUCGGACGCUACACCUUGGUAGGGUCUCAUGCUGUGACCAGCCUUCGCAAGUUCAUCUACAGCCCCCCAGACAAGACUGCUAACAACUGGGCUCACACCGGUGCCGAACUUUGCAAGAUGAUGAUAUUGUACCACAAUAUGUCUAGACUGGCCAAUGGCUACAUGGCUCUCACGAAUGGGACAUCUCAUUCCCGCCCCCAUUCCCGUCCCAUUUCUCAUCCCUCAGGUGAUAUUGUGGUCAAUAUGGACCCUGAACCCAACAUUAAGAAGAUGGACACAGUUGUCAAGAUUGAUGCUACCACCGAUGCUGUUGUUAAAGUUGACUUGAAUGACGGUGAGAAGGAGAAAGAGAAAAAGAAAAAGAAGAAAAAGAAGGGAGAAGAAGUGGACGAGGAGGAGCCGGAUGAGAGCAUGUUGGACUGGUGGUCCAAAUACUUUGCCUCAAUAGAGACUAUGAUGGAGACUCUCAGAGCCCAGGAGGCCGCUUUGGCAGAGGCAGAGGAAAGAGAAGAUUUGGAGAUAGCAGCAGAGAGUGCAGAGAUCAAAGCUGAUGACUUUCCUAUGAAAGGCACCAAACCCAAGGAGAAGAACAAAGACAAGAAGAGCUCCAAGGACAAAAAGAAGAACCAUGACGGCACAGAAAAACGACCUCCAAAACCAAAAGUUGAUGAACUCAUGGUGUACAAUAAAGAGCUGGAGAGUGAGUUUGGUAGCUUUGAGGACUGGCUCCACACCUUCAACCUGUAUAGAGGAAAGGCUGGAGAUGAUAUUGACCACAACGUGGUUGAUGAUGACAGGAUUGUGGGCAGAUUCAAGGGCUCCCUCUGUAUGUAUAAACUUCCACUGUCUGAGGAGAUCACCAGGGAGGCAGGAUUUGACCCGAACAUGGGCAUGUUCCAAAGUAUUCCUCACAAUGACCCUAUCAAUGUUCUCAUAAGGAUUUAUAUCAUUAGAGCCACAGACCUGCAUCCUGCGGAUAUAAAUGGUAAAGCAGACCCUUAUAUAGUCAUUCGAUUGGGAAAGUCAGAGAUUCGGGACAAGGAGAGCUACAUAUCCAAGCAGCUAAAUCCUGUCUUUGGAAAGUCGUUCGACAUAGAGGCUACAUUCCCAAUGGAGUCCAUGCUGACGGUUGCAGUAUAUGACUGGGAUUUGGUGGGAACUGAUGACCUGAUUGGUGAGACUAAGAUCGAUUUGGAGAACCGAUACUACAGCAAACACAGAGCCACAUGUGGCAUUGCAUCUAACUACUCUGUCCAUGGUUACAAUGCAUGGCGUGACCCUCAGAAGCCAACUCAGAUCCUUGUUAAGUUGUGCAAAGAAGGUAAAUUGGACGGACCCCACUAUGGACCUGGUGGGAAGGUCAAAGUUGGAAACCGCAUCUUUCUUGGGUCAACAGAAAUUGAGGAUGAGAGUGGUCUGAAGAAGCAGACAGAAGAACACUUGGCUCUUACAGUUCUUAGGCAUUGGGAGGAGAUCCCACGUGUUGGUUGCAAACUCAUCCCUGAGCAUGUGGAGACCAGGCCCCUCCUCAACCCAGACAAGCCAGGCAUAGAGCAGGGAAGGAUUGAAAUGUGGGUGGACAUGUUUCCUAUGGAUGUACCAGCACCAGGACCAGCCAUUGACAUAUCACCACGUAAACCAAAGAGAUAUGAGCUCAGGGUGAUAAUAUGGAAUACUGACGAGGUAAUUCUGGAAGACGAUGAUUACUUCACAGGGGAAAAGUCCAGUGACAUUUUUGUGAGGGGCUGGCUAAAAGGACAGCAGGAGGAUAAACAGGACACAGACGUGCAUUAUCACUCUCUAACUGGGGAAGGAAACUUCAACUGGCGCUUUGUCUUCCCUUUUGACUAUCUCAUGGCUGAGGAGAAGAUAGUCAUCUCUAAGAAGGAAUCCAUGUUUUCCUGGGAUGAGACCGAGUACAAGAUUCCUGCUCGACUCACCCUUCAAGUAUGGGAUGCUGAUCAUUUCUCCGCAGAUGACUUCCUGGGUGCCAUUGAGCUGGACUUGAAUAAGUUUCCCCGUGGGGCAAAAACAGCUAAGCAGUGCUCUCUCGGCAUGGUUCUCAAAGAGCACGAGCUGCCAACCAUCUCCAUCUUUAAACAGAAAAGAGUGAAGGGCUGGUGGCCAUUUGUGGCCCGGGAUGAGAAUGAUGAAUUUGAGCUCACAGGGAAAGUGGAGGCAGAGCUCCAUCUAUUGACAGCGGAGGAGGCGGAGAAAAAUCCAGUCGGCCUUGGGCGGAAUGAACCUGAGCCACUUGAGAAACCAAAUCGUCCGACUACCAGCCUGUCGUGGUUGUUGAGUCCCAUACGGGUGACCUGCAUAAUGUGUUGGCGGCAGUAUAAGUUGGCAUCAGUGGUGACUCUGCUCAGCAUAACCGGACUGAUCUUUUUGGGCCUCCUGUUCUUUUCAUUACCUUCAGCUUUCAUCCAGAAGAUCUUCAACAUCUCUGGAUAAUUACCUGGUGCCAGCACAAAGCAGGUUAUUGAAACGGAUGGCAUCAUUAGCAUUGCUGAUUGAAUGCAAUUUAUUGCUAAUAUGACAUCAUUUGUCUGUUAAGAAUAUAAUUAAGAAUUAUUAAGAAUAUUAUUAAAAGGUGGUGUUUGGCACUUGACAAGAGACACUUACCCAUCAAAGGCUUUUUAUGGGAUGGAUGUUUCUUCAACUAUGAGCUCUUUUGCCAUUGGUUUAUUUGUCAUUGGUUUAAUUAUUUUGUCUAAUUACAAUGUAAUAGUGUCUAUACAUGCAUCACAGGAAAAUUCUGUCAUUUUAGGCAUUUGUUUCUGAAAGUCAUGAACAGUGUUGGGGAAAGUUACUUUUAAAAGUAAUGCAUUACAAUAUUGUGUUACUCCCUAAAAAAAGUAACUAAUUACGUUAAUUACUUUUAUGGAAAGUAAUGCGUUACAUUACUUUUGUGUUACUUUUGCGUUACUUUUUAAAUAUGAGCAGGCCUUGAUUGUUUUUAAUAUAAGAAUUUCUAUUUAUAGCAAAUGUAAAAGCCCUUUCACACCAAAAAGUGUAAUGAAUAAACCGCAGGCUGAAGGAAAAGUAAAUUCAAGUCUGUACAGUAGAACACAGGAGAAGAAGGUUCAACACUCUUCAGCAACAAAAAAAAAAACAAUGAAGCACAAUUGUUAGUUUAUCUAAAGUUAUUUUUGCUUAUUAGUAUGGUUGAACUGGAUCAUCAAAAGUCAGCAGCAACGACAUUGGUUAAUAAAAUGGGAUUAGAUAUAUUUGUGUUAUUUAACAUAUUUAAUUAUUGCAGGUUUGCUCAUAUUCUGAAUUUGCAUUUCACUGUUUUAAUUCAUUUUGAUUCUGUAUUUUUGUGAGUGGGAUGAAUUAAUGCACAUUCACAUUUAGUCUGAGAACUACAGAAACAUCAUGUUCACACAGCGCACACAACGCCUCUGUUCUUCUGAUUUCUCCCAAUAUGGGGACAAGAGACUUGUCAGUCAAUAAAUGGGAAAACAAAGUAACUUGCGUUACGUUUUUGAAAAAGUAACUCAGAUAUUUUCUUGUAAAAUAAAAAGUAAUGCGUUACUUUACUAGUUACUUGAAAAAAGUAAUAUGAUUACGUAACUCGCGUUACUUGUAAUGCGUUACCCCCAACACUGGUCAUGAACAUAUCUACCACAUUUCAACCUAGGCACAGUAUUGUGACAAUAUUCUGUGCUAAAACUGAUUACAUUUUAAACAUUUUAACAGAAUAAAAUGGUCGACCUCAUUGUGUUGCUAAAUCAAAUUUCAUAGUUAUAUAAUAGCUAUUGUCAUGCUAUUUGCAUGUAAUUUUACAAAAUUACAGCUUGAUUGGAAAUGUCACACAAAAAGAGACUUUUGACCUGGAUUUUUCAAUGUUUAAUGUUGAAAUUUGCUAGUUUUAAUAAAACUACCCCAGAGACAUUAAAGUGCCUAGUAGAUGAACACUUUUAUAUAUUUUUAUACUUUAAUUUGAGUAAGAAUGUAUCUUAAAUAAUUUCUUCACUAUUGUUAUUUUUAUAAUAUUGUGGCUGAAAUUAAAAUAUUUCUU